CUGCGGUAGGCCGCGCAGGCGCGGUGAGUUGGUGCCGGUCAGUCCCGAAGGCUGAGGGGCCGCGGCUGGGUGGAGCGGUGUCCAGAGGGGUCGCCGAGCAGGUCUGUGGCGAGGCGGGGUCCGGCGGCCGGCACCAUGUCUAGGCAGGCGAACCGUGGCACCGAGAGCAAGAAAAUGAGCUCUGAGCUUUUCACCCUUACCUAUGGGGCCCUGGUCACCCAGCUAUGCAAGGACUAUGAAAAUGAUGAAGAUGUGAAUAAACAGCUGGAUAAAAUGGGCUAUAACAUUGGAGUCCGACUGAUAGAAGAUUUCUUGGCACGGUCAAAUGUUGGAAGGUGCCACGACUUUCGGGAAACUGCAGACGUCAUCGCCAAGGUGGCGUUCAAGAUGUACUUGGGCAUCACUCCAAGCAUCACCAAUUGGAGCCCAGCUGGUGACGAAUUCUCCCUCAUUUUGGAAAAUAAUCCUUUGGUGGACUUUGUGGAACUUCCUGAUAACCACUCAUCCCUUAUUUAUUCCAAUCUCUUGUGUGGGGUGUUACGGGGAGCCUUGGAAAUGGUCCAGAUGGCUGUGGAGGCCAAGUUUGUCCAGGACACCCUGAAAGGAGACGGUGUGACAGAAAUCCGGAUGAGGUUCAUCAGGCGGAUUGAGGACAAUCUCCCAGCUGGAGAGGAGUGACCAUCCCCAGGACUUCAGGGUAGCUAGCAGGAAGGAGCUGUUGUUGGAAUCAGAAGCCUCAGCUCCCUCUGCCCUCUAGAACUCAGUGACUCUUUUAACAUGGUUGUUACAUAUUUUUCUGUUUCCAUUCUCCAUGCUAAUAAAGAGCAGACUGCAAUCUAGUCCGUUGAUCCCACAAGUGUGCACAUUCAGGAGGGAAACUCUUUGCUCCCUCUCCCUUCAGAGGGGUUGGAUGCAGUCAUCUCUGGUUGGACUAGAAAGAGCUCAACUGUUUUACAUUCCUGUUUGAAUUUUCCAAAGCAAAACCCGUUUUGAUCCCAUUAAAGAGGCAAGCCUACCCCACAUCUAUUCCUGGGCCUUCAGAAAGCCAUUGGUAAAUGGCUGUAGGGAAUCCAGGGUUGUGGGACGGGGGAGGAGAGGCUGGUAGGGAUGGACAGGAAUUACUAGUCAUGGUGUGACACACUCUAGUGCUUGCCAGGAAAGGGGAGCCAUGCUGGAAACACUGACUUCUGGGAAGCCACCCAGGUCUCAUUCCUCCCUGCUGUUUGGAGGCAACAUCUCCUCUUUUUACAGAGGGUCCAUCCUUUUUUCUUACAAAUUCUUCAAUAAAGACACAUUCUUGAGUGAAAUCUUAA